AUGCAAGCCAAGGCAGUCAUCCUCGUUGCCCUUGCGACCCUGGGCCAGGCCCGCUUCGGCCAAGAGGGCGCCGUCCAGAACAUCAUCCAGGCAUUGGGCGCCUUUGGACCUCCGGGCGCGGCCGGCACCUUGGCCGGUCAAACACCUAGCGUGCUUCUUGCCGGCGCGAGCGCCUGCGCAAAGCUCGAGCUCGCCGAUGAGAUUGUUGCCACUUUGGGCGACGAUCCGGAGGUUAUUGCCGGCGCCGCGGCUCUCGUCGCCGCCGAGAAGAACUUCAACCCCUUCGCCCAGUCCAUCCCCACCAUCUGCAGCAACCCGGCCCUUCCCGCCACGGCUGCGCUCCGCGGCAUCAUUCCUCUUGUUGACCCUGCCGUGGUCGGUGCCGAUGUUCAGAAUGCCAACUCGGCCGCGUCUCUGCAGGCCCCCUUUGCCGACGCAGGCCUUAGUGUUGCCGACAUCUCGAGGGCCCAGGGAUUCGAGAACUUCACUGAGCAGGCCUAA